GUUUCGGUUUGCACCAUAAUAUUCGCAACUCCGUCAACUAGCGACACCUGUCAAUGGCGUGGUAAAACAGCAAAGAUGGCCGACGAGGAGGAUGCUCAAGGCUACCGGUGGGAGACAGAAUAUGAAAGAACUUGGGAAGCAAUUCAGGAAGAUGAAUCAGGCUUACUUCAGCCGAGCGUCCUGGACUUCGUCCAUCGGUCCAAGCGCAAGCAGAUGCUGGCUAAGAAGAAUGUCCGCCUGGGGAUGAUGCGGCAUCUCUACAUCAUAGUGGACUUUUCCGAAGCGAUGUCGGAACCAGACUUGAAGCCUUCGAGACUUGUUUGCACGCUGAAGAUGCUGGAGCUGUUUGUGGAGGAGUUCUUCGACCAGAACCCCAUCAGCAAUGUCGGUGUCAUCUCGACGAGCAACAAGCGGGCACAGAAGCUCUUCGACCUCGUCGGCAAUGCUUCGAAAGUGGUUGAGGCUCUCCGGUCGGCCACCAACAAGGUGCCGUCGGGAGAACCCUCCUUGCAGAACUCUCUGGAACUGGCGGCGGAGGUGCUCCGGCAUUUACCGACCCACACCAGUCGAGAGGUGCUUGUCGUGAUGGGAAGCCUUACCACCUGCGAUCCUAGCGACAUCCACAAAACGAUUGAGGCAAUGCAGAAGUGCAGCAUUCGUUGCAGUGUGGUUGGCCUUGCAGCUGAAGUUCGUGUGUGCUGUGCUCUCACCAAAGCCACUGGAGGCACUUACAACGUAAUCAUGGAUGAGAAUCACUUCAAAGAGAUUCUGUUUCAGCAUGCCAUCCCACCACCCGUCACGGGAAAUUCUGAAUCCUCUCUCAUCAGAAUGGGAUUUCCCUACCAACGAACAGAGGGUGAAGGGAAACCGUCCAUCUGUUUUUGCCACCUAGACAGUCAGAACACGUCGGAGGGACUGAGCAAGAGCGGCUUUUUCUGUCCCCAGUGCAGCGGCAAGUACUGCUCCCUCCCUGUGGAGUGCAAGACCUGCGGUCUGACGCUGGUCUCCGCACCCCAUCUUGCAAGGUCAUAUCAUCACUUGUUUGCAUUAGAUGCAUUUGAGGAGAUGCCGAAGGAGUCGCUUCCAAAGGAUGACGUUGUUUCAUGUUUCUCCUGCCUGUCCUCCAUCCCUGACAAUCAUGUCUACCAGUGUACGAAGUGCAAGGCACAGUUCUGUCUGGAGUGUGAUCUUUUCAUUCAUGACACUCUACACACAUGCCCAGGAUGUGCGAGUCGACCCUCCACGCUCGAAAACCCGUCUUGACAAUAAAGAUAUUUAAUGGUGACUAGUGUUUAAUGUCACCACUUCA